UCUACUUCCUAUGUAAAAAACGUGUUUUUUGGAUUCUUGAAGAGGAGAUAACGCCGUCUAAAUCCAAACCAAAUGCCGAUGGUUUUGGCAUAUCUUUUUUGGUGCAGAUCUUUUCUUCUUUCCUCUUAACCGACGAACAACCUUGAAUUUAAAAAAGGAAAGAAAUCCCUUGAGUGAAAUCUCUCUGUUUUUCGUAAUAAUUAGUAUUCUAAGAAAGAAUCCGUCUUCCAACUUCGUUGUACUACUUUAUCUCAGUCUCACUAAGAUUUUGAUUUAGAUUCUGAGUGAUACCCAGAUCGGAUUCCGGCCAAUUAUUUGUAAUCUCCGACUACCCUUUUGAUAUUUCGCAAAACCCAGAUUGGGAAUCUAGAGAUUUGAGAAAGAAAAUGAUUGAAAUUGUUCAGAUAUAUGAUGAAAUGGAGUAAAGAGGGCCAUGAUUGAAUUUCUAUAUUCGACUGUGUAUGUGACUCAUAAGUCAUCAACAAUGUGUCGAUAUUGAGAAAUUUGAAUCUGGGUUUCCUUUUUUGUAACUUGAGAUAGAUUGAUUAAUGGGUACUUGUUUCAGUUCCGAUGAUGAUGAACAACAUUCUUUCCAAAACAACCCAGGUGAAAACCAAAGGUUUCCAUCUAAAGAAGCCUUGAAGAUUCCAUCAAAACAGAGCAUCUUGGAAUCUCCCAAUAUAAAGAGUCCUAGCAAUGUAGUGGUGAUCACAAAAGAUGUUAAAUCUCUUAGACAAAACCCUGGUUCUUAUAGCAAUCUUGAUGUUUUUACAUAUGAUGAGAUGCGAAUGGCUACUAAACUCUUUAGACCUGAUCAAGUUCUAGGUGAAGGUGGAUUUGGAGUUGUUUAUAAAGGACUUAUUGAUGAUAAUGUAAGAUCUGGUUAUUCUAAAACCCAAGUUGCAGUUAAAGAACUUGAUCCUGAAGGAAUUCAAGGUGAUAGAGAAUGGCUGGCUGAAGUGAAUUAUUUAGGACAACUACAACACCCGAAUCUUGUGAAGCUUAUUGGAUAUUGUUGUGAGGAAGAUCAUCGCCUAUUGGUGUAUGAAUAUAUGGCAUCUGGAAGCUUGGAGAAACACCUAUUUCGAAGAGUAUGUGCAACAUUGACAUGGUCAAGAAGAAUGAAGAUUGCUUUAGAUGCUGCAAAAGGGCUUGCUUUUCUCCAUGAUGCUGAAAGACCAAUCAUCUAUCGUGAUUUCAAGACAUCAAAUAUCUUGUUGGAUGCUGACUUCAAUGCGAAAUUAUCUGAUUUUGGACUUGCAAAAGAUGGACCAAUGGGAGAUCAAACACAUGUAUCGACUCGAGUUAUGGGUACAUAUGGAUAUGCAGCUCCUGAAUAUGUCAUGACUGGACAUUUGACAGCAAGAAGUGAUAUAUAUGGAUUUGGGGUGGUGCUUUUGGAGAUGCUGAUUGGUCGAAGAGCAAUGGACAAAAGUAGGCCAAGUCGUGAGCAUAAUUUGGUUGAAUGGGCUAGACCACUUUUAGUGCACAAUAAGAAACUUGUGAGAAUACUUGACCCAAGAAUGGAAGGUCAAUAUUCAUCAAAAACUGCGUUUAAAGUUGCUAAUUUGGCUUACCAAUGUCUAAGUCAAAACCCUAAAGGUAGACCGAUUAUGACUCAAGUGGUUGAGACGCUUGAGUCGAUUCAGACACGUGAAGAAGAGGUUCUUUUUCAAGGUGGGAGUGUGACUUUGUUUGAAGCACAUGAUGUUAAGAAGAAGGAAAAUGAAGUCAAAGUGGAAGGUGAAGGUGAGGCUCCGAAGGAGACUAUGGUGUAAGAGGGGUUAUAUGUGUAUUUUGAUGGGAACUUUGUUGUACAAGAUGUAAUGGAUAGUUUUUUUUUGGGGUAUUUGGGAUUUACUUUGAAUGUUUUUGAUGAUAUUUUGUUAGGAAAAUGAGAUUUUCCACUUGACUUUAAGUUGUUCAUCAGUUUUGUUUAUGAUGUUGAUCUAAAGUAGUAGUUUUUGUUGUUA